AGUCAUCGAACAAAAGCACAACAAGCAGAUAAUAAUCGACCGAAAAUCAAACAAGUAGAAGUAGUUGAGAGAAUAAAGGAGGCCGAGGGAGUAGUGCGAUUGCUACUAGUAGUAGUAGUGUUGAGGAGGAGGAGGAGGAGGACGGGGAGAGCGUUGCUUGCGAUUCGUGGUUUCCCACCUGCCGCGAUGCCGGACCACGGUUCCAAGGUCGACAUCUCCUUCGCCGGCCGCUUCACCGCGAGCGCCAUCGCCGCAUGCUUCGCCGAGGUGUGCACGAUCCCCCUCGAUACGGCCAAGGUCAGGCUUCAGCUGCAGAAGAACGCCGCCGCCGAUGCCGCCCCCAAGUACCGCGGCCUCCUCGGCACCGCCGCCACCAUCGCCCGCGAGGAAGGCGCCGCCGCUCUCUGGAAGGGCAUCGUCCCUGGCCUCCACCGCCAGUGCAUCUACGGUGGCCUCCGCAUCGGUCUCUAUGAGCCCGUCAAAUCCUUGUAUGUCGGCAAAGACCAUGUUGGGGAUGUGCCUCUCUCCAAGAAGAUCGCUGCUGGCUUCACCACUGGUGCCAUCGCCAUCAGCAUCGCCAACCCCACUGACCUUGUCAAGGUUAGGCUUCAGGCCGAGGGCAAGCUGGCGCCUGGUGUCCCACGCCGCUACGCUGGGGCCAUGGACGCCUACGCCAAGAUUGUUAGGCAGGAAGGCUUUGCUGCUUUGUGGACUGGCAUUGGACCCAAUGUUGCGCGUAAUGCCAUCAUCAAUGCUGCCGAGUUGGCCAGCUAUGAUCAAGUCAAGCAGACAAUCUUGAAGCUUCCUGGCUUCAAAGAUGAUGUACUGACUCACCUCUUAUCUGGUUUGGGCGCGGGCUUCUUCGCUGUCUGUGUUGGUUCUCCAGUGGAUGUGGUUAAGUCAAGAAUGAUGGGUGACUCGGCCUACACAAGUACUAUCGAUUGUUUUGUGAAGACACUAAAGAAUGAUGGGCCUCUGGCAUUUUACAAAGGUUUCCUCCCAAACUUUGCUAGACUGGGAUCAUGGAAUGUGAUAAUGUUCUUGACACUGGAGCAGGUCCAGAAGCUGUUUGUGAGGAAACCUGGAAGUUGAAGAUUAUAACGCAUGAUUUUGCCAGCGUGGAAGGACAUGAAACAUUUUUUUUUCUUAAUCUUCUUACAGAAGAAGCAACUAUUUAACCCCCCUUGAGAAUUGGGAAGCAAGGAAAAACUUGAUUGCUCAAUUGUGAGAACGUGGUGCAGUAAUAAAUCUUAGCGGGCCUUUGCAUGACCCUGACAGAAUUGGUGAAGUAGUGCCAUUUUUGUUGUGGAGAAUCAUCGAAGAUGAAUUGCAUAAGCUCGACAGGGACAAAUUUGUUUUCUGAUUGAAAUAAGACCUUGGUUGGUUCUC